AACAAGCACGCAGAGAAAGAGGGGAGGGACUUGAGCAGACAGCGUCCAAAUAGUUUACAUUGCGGUUAUAUCGUUAGUUAUACUUUCUGUGUUGAAUACAUUGGCAAUCGAUUGUUUAAAUUCAAGGAUUUGAGUCUGUUCAUAUCAGGAUGGCUGAGCCAAGCGCUAGAUAUCAGCAGCUACCCAAUGAAGAGGAGCCAGAGGAGGCUCUCCAGGUGGCAGCCGAUGCCCCACCCCCUUACAGCAGCAUUGCAGCAGAUAAUGCCGCUUAUUUUGACUACAAAGAAAACGGGGGGUUCCCCAAGCCACCAUCAUACAACGUGGCCACAACGCUCCCUUCCUAUGACGAGGCGGAGAGAACCAAGGCUGAAGCCCAUGUUCCCUUGGUGACUGGAAGGGAUGAAGACUUUGUAGCCAGGGACGACUUUGAGGAUGCAGACCAGCUGCGGAUAGGGAACGAUGGCAUUUUCAUGUUUACCUUUUUUAUGGCAUUCCUUUUCAACUGGAUUGGUUUCUUCCUGUCCUUCUGUCUGACCACCUCGGCAGCAGGCCGCUACGGGGCCAUCUCUGGCUUCGGCCUGUCACUCAUCAAGUGGAUCCUCAUUGUCCGCUUCUCUACCUAUUUUCCUGGGUACUUUGAUGGGCAGUACUGGCUGUGGUGGGUGUUCCUGGUACUGGGAUUCUUGCUCUUCCUCAGAGGAUUCAUCAACUACACCAAGAUCCGCAACAUGGCAGACUCGUUUUCUAGUCUCCCGCGAACCAGAGUCCUUUUCAUCUACUAAAAGGGGAAAUCUGACCUCUUCUUUAGAAAAGUUAGCUAUCUGGCCUCAACUCCAUCACGGAAAACAGAGAGUAAACACCUCUUGUGUUGAUGCCGAUAAAUUGGACGAUACAAUUUCUAUGUCUAUUGAUGUAAACUAGUGGAUGCUGGCAAUUCUGUAACUAUUCAAUCAUUAGUGGUUUAUUUCAAGUGCUGUUUGCAAUCAAAUCUGUGAUGUAUAAAUAAUGCCAUAUAUAUCAUUUGUAUUAUGUUUCUAACAAUGGCAUGUACUGUUCCUGUUAAACAAUAGGGGGCAGUCUUGUCUUUUUCUGUCCUCUUUCAAAGUGUUUGAUAUGGAGACAGCUCGGCUCUAUGCUGACCCUGUGGAACUACCCCAUAGAGUUCUGUCUGUGGACAGGAGUAUUGAUUGAAAUCUAUUGAAAGCUGUGCUUUUUCUUGAUGUAUAUGAUAAUGAAAUUAAAGUCAGUAUUUUUAAGAUGUUA